GCCGUUUUCUUAUGAGGUCCUCUGGCGCUUUAUUCUCCUUUCAAUCCCAAAAUGUUCAGUGAAGGAAACCACGUCGCCAUAGCCAUCUAUAAAUGCUUCUCUCUCUCUUCCCGUUUUCUCUUUUCAACUCCAUUUCUUCAUCCACUGACCUACACAAAUUCACAAUGGGAUCGCCCUCCUCUCAGAUCAAUGCCUACCAUCUCUCCUUUAAGGUUCUCCUUAUUGGCGAUUCCGGCGUCGGCAAAAGCAGCCUUCUACACACCUUCAUUUCCGCCUCUCUCCACGAUCUUACUCCCACCAUUGGUGUGGAUUUCAAGAUCAAGCAACUUACGAUUGGUGGGAAGAGGUUGAAGCUGACUAUUUGGGAUACUGCUGGGCAAGAGAGGUUCAGAUCAUUAACUAGUUCAUACUACAGAGGUACACAAGGGAUCAUUCUUGUUUAUGAUGUGACUCGGAGAGAAACCUUUACAAACUUAUUGGAUGUAUGGGCAAAUGAAGUUGAGCUUUAUUUGACAGAUCAGGACUGUGUCAAGAUGCUCGUUGGAAACAAAGUUGACAGAGAAUCUGAAAGGGCUGUAAGCAGAGAAGAUGGGAUUGCACUAGCCAACAAGCUUGGAUCUUUGUUUCUUGAGUGCAGUGCUAAAACCAGAGAAAAUGUAGAGAAAUGUUUUGAAGAACUUGCAGUUAAGUUUAAGACAAGCCAGGAGGGGACAAUUCCCCUCUCCCCUUCCUUCUUUGCUUCUUCGCUUCGCCCUCGAUCAAUUCUAGAUUAUGGAGGUUCCCAGUUUCUUGGAGGAAAGAUCCACUAUGUUAAAGAGGAACAUUUUAAGGCAAAAGCAGGAAAGUCAAGCUCAACAUAGUGGUGGUUGUUGCUCUUAGGAGGCAACUUAUAUAAAAAUCACAUCAUUGUAUAUGUAAAUUUCUUCUCUUACACUUGCUUUCUCCCAUUCAGUUGUAAGUUAUUAUUUGUGCUGUCUGAAAGGGAAAAAAAACUCACAUAAUUACAUUGAUUUGCUUUGUGUAGAGAGCUAAAUUCCUUUUUUGGGUCCAAAAAUAAGGUAAAAAUAUGUAAAGUCUUGCAAAGUUGCUCCUCACUUAAACUCAUAGUCUAAACUAUGAUGGACACUAGGGAUGAAGGUCUAUCAGUGUGGUAGGAUAAGACCAUUAGUAUAAUUCUACAUUUUAUUU